UCCAUUUAACCAUCAUUCACUCUCCCAGCGGGACGAUUCCACCUUAAAGAUAUUGACGACAGACAGGAGGGUUUCAAAAUAUGAUGUAAUAUAUGAGAUUUCUCCAGAAGCAACGAACACAACUGGAGCAUCAUCUAUUGAAAACACAACCAUCGAUAUGGGGUUUGAUUUUUAAACAUACUGAGCCGAUAACUUUAUGACUUUAUUUCCCAUGAGACAUGGAGACGAUAUGGCUUUAUCAGUUUCGCCUGAUCGUCAUCGGAGACUCCACAGUCGGCAAGUCAUGUCUGAUCCGCAGGUUCACCGAGGGCCGCUUCGCCCAGGUGUCAGACCCCACCGUGGGGGUGGACUUCUUCUCCAGGCUGGUGGAGAUCGAGUCGGGCAAAAGGAUCAAACUUCAGAUCUGGGACACUGCAGGACAGGAGAGGUUCAGGUCUAUCACCAGAGCCUACUACCGCAAUUCAGUGGGCGGUCUCUUGCUCUUUGACAUCACAAACCACAGAUCCUUCCAAAAUGUCCACAGCUGGCUGGAGGAGGCUCAGAGCCACGUGCAGCCUCACAGCAUCAUCUUCCUGCUGGUGGGUCACAAGUGUGACCUGGAGGCCCAGCGUCAGGUCACUCAGCAGGAGGCGGAGAAGCUGGCAGGAGCCUUUGGGCUGCGCUACGUGGAGACGUCAGCGCGGGAUGCCACCAACGUGGAGAAGGCCUUUGUGGAUCUGACGAGGGACAUCUUUGACCUGGUGCGGAGCGGGGACAUCAAGAUCCAAGACGGCUGGGAGGGCGUCAAGAGCGGCUUCGUUCCCAACACCGUCCAUUCCUCUGAGGAGGUCACCACAGGCAGCCGGCAGUGCCUCUGCUGAUUUACCUGGCUGCAGCAUGUGGGGGUGACGGGCGGUAAAUACUUCAUGUGGGCAGCGUCCCUGCUGCGUGAACAUGUAACUUCUACACACAAGACAUUGUUUUGUCUUUCAGUGCCUGUUUGUGGCUCUGUGCAAAUGUGGGACCUUUUAUUGAUCCCCGAACAGGCGGAGAAGCACAGGAGACAUCCUUCACCCCCUCCCUGUUCUGUGUGUGUGUGUGUUUGUGUGGCAGCAUUAAAGCAACAUUAGGUCACUUUUUAACCUUAAAAUAGCAGCUUCAAAAUAAGUUUGAUGGUUCACUGAAUGGAAUAAAGAGAGUUGAGCCCCUUUCAUUCCCACUCCUCAUCUUUUCUGAUCUUGCUCUAUAUAACUUAGGUGAGUGGGUGCGACUUCCUGUGAGAGGCGAGGGACUGACUUAAAUUACAAGAAUCAGGUUCAACAAGUUUAACCGUGAGGCUGAACUGUAGAUCAUUAGCCUUCUUUCCAUCCUCUGCGUAGGUUUUGUCCGUAUUUAUGUGUGUCUUUUGAAAGCUUAGAGAUGAAAGAGAAGCACCACUGGGAAUCCUCCGGGGGCAGUGCAGCCAAUGGCCCAAGCAAGACAGCUAUAUGACACGAGGAUGAAAGUUUUUGAGGAGAAUCUUUGCGACACAACAAGUUGAUGUUAUUUCACCCAGUUACAUAGAUAAACUUUACAAGUCAGCCUCUUUACAUUAUCACAACCUCCUCCACCAUCGCCAUGUUUGUUGCCGUAGUCUCUCGCCUCUGUGCUGCCCUCUAUUGCUCAACAAGCCAUGCCAACAUAAAGCACAUGAGGAAUAUGGGCGGUGACAGUUACAUCGUUGGUAUCACGCAGCAUGAAGAAGCCUAGAAGUCAUUAAAAACCAGCGUUUAUCCCCAAUAUUCAGUGAGAAAACUUAAAAUAUGCAGAAUUCUGAACAGAGUUUGUUGGAUUUGUAACAGAGGCAGCUGUUCUAGGUCAGGAAGCCGAGGAUCAUGGGUAAUAUGGACCGUUUACUUGAGUAGAGCUACACAUUCAGUGCUCUUUAUGAAAAUCACUUCAUAACCUUGGACUUGACAGAAUGAAUCACCACUUGUGGCUGCAGAGGGCGCUGUUGCUCAGUAAAAGAUACACAGUGUUGCUUUAACCCUCAGCUCUUUCCAACACUCAGACCUUGUACAGAUUGUGUCCAGUGAGACAGAGGAGACAGGAAGAGAUCUUCACCGACUGUACUGCACUAAAAAUCCAAGUGGCUUAAUACGAUAACGAAAGUGAAAUCAAAUCGAACCAAAGCUUGAGAUGUUGUCAUGUCUGUUUGUGUGAAUGCUGGAGAACAAGUUUUCACUGUGAGAAUUGUUCUGUCUGCUGAGAAGGAACAAAACUGUAGCUGCUUAUACUGAUGACUACUGGACCACGGCACAGAAUUCAAUGGUUAAUACCAAAUACAUGUUUACUGCUCUGUGGUGGUGAGAACCAUAGACUGUUUAUAAAGAUAGACGACGUGUGUUCACCUCCUCUCACUAUCCAGAAAUGAAGCUAAAAUAUCCCAGAUACGAACGCUUCGAUAUCAAGAUUUUGCAGAUAGACGCACUGGACCAAUCGUGAAAUCAUUCUCAACUGUCAAUUGUAACUUUACACCCCAUUUUUAUUGCAUUAAAUAAAUUCAAACCAAAGUUACUGGAAUAACAAACACUUGAACAAACGUUGGUGUGAUUAACGACCUGAAAUGACUCAAACCAUCUUUGAGAAAUAAAUUUGAGUUUUUAGUUUGGUACAUGUUCCAUCUGCUAACACGGAGGAGGUGGACACCAGACGGUGAUGUCGUCCGUCUUUAUAUACAGUCUAUGAUGAGAACAGGUACGAUAUAAUAACCUUAAAGCCUUUUGUAUGGAAGCCCAGUGUGUUCAAUUAAAAUGAACAUAAAACACAUGAAUAAACAUGAGAAUAGAUUGUGAAUAAAAAAAUAAAAUAAACAAAUCAUGUCACAGGACUAAUGAAGAAAAAACAAUUUCUUCAUUUUUUCUGAAUUCAUCCUGUGACAACAUUAAAAUGGGGCUUUAUAAACAAAGAUAGUAGCAAUAGAAAGAAUACAGUUUUUUGUCUGAUUUAUACAGUUUAUAAUGUUAUACCUGCAAUUAAUUAUUGAAUAUGACGUAUUUAUUUGUGUAACAUUGAACAGUUUGAGGCCCCAUAUUUCAUGAGUCUGAACACGACGCCUUCUCUUCUAUGCCUCCAAUCCAUUUAUACAAAUUCAGUGUGUCCAUAUAUAUAAUCAGUGCAUGCCUCCAUUUUAACAGAAAUUUUCCAAAGACAGAAAAUAAUUUUUAUUUUUGAUAUAAUGUAAAUAACCAUUUCACUCUGGACAGAAAGAGCAGAAUGAAUAAAGUCUCUCCAUCUGUUGCUUAGGGAUGAGAAACAAUCUGAAAAUGAAAAGGAAUAUUUGAAGUGGACAGUUGCACAAAGUUCAGCUCUGACCAACGACAUUAAUACUGAUUACUUCACUUCACGGUUUAGAAGCACUAUUUAUUCUGACUGUGCGGAGGACGAGUCUCUUUGGAGUGCCUUUUGGAGGAACGAUGCCAGAGCACACACACUUAACUUCCUGUCCACACAUUCAAACAUACAACUGUGUGUUCAUCUUGUGAAUAUAAACUGAAAGGAGGCAGCAAACAUGCUGAGUUCACAUCACACAACCUGUAAAUAAUUGAUCUGAAACCAAACCCCUGACAUAGUCGA